CAGGGCGCUUCUGGCCUGGCUCGGCCGGCUGGCGCCAUGGGGGAAGGCGGGGCCGUGAAGUCCGGGCCGACUGUGGCCCCUGCAGGUCUCCGGUCCUCCCCCGGGGGCGUGGCGAGCCGGUCCAUAUAGGGAGGCGACGCCGUGUGUGUGAGGCCGAAGCCGCAGCUGCUUUGCUCCGGGAACGCCAUGAGCGCGCCUCCACGGCCGCGCCCACCAUCCCGGACCCCACCGUGGGCGCUGCCCGCCCUGCUGCUGGCGCUGGCGGCGAGCGGGGCGGCGGCAAGCGCGCCCACGUACCCGUGGCGGGACGCAGAGACGCAGGAGUGGCUGGCGUGCGGCCAGUGCCCCCCGGGCACCUUCGUGCAGCGGCCGUGCAGCCGGGAGAGUUCCACCAUGUGCGGCGCGUGCCCGCCGCGCCACUACACGCAGUUCUGGAACUAUCUGGAGCGCUGCCGUUACUGCAACGUCAUCUGCGGGGAGCGCGAGGAGGAGGCGCGGCCGUGCGCCGCCACGCACAACCGCGCCUGCCGCUGUCUCCCCGGCUUCUUCGCGCACGCCGGCUUCUGCCUGGAGCACGCGCCCUGCCCGCCCGGCGCCGGCGUGGCCGCCCCCGGCACCCCGCGCCAGAACACACAGUGCCAGCCGUGUCCCCCUGGCACAUUCUCAGCCAGCAGCUCGCCCUCAGAGCAGUGCCAGCCCCACCGCAACUGCACGGCCCUGGGCCUGGCGCUCAACGUGCCAGGCUCUUCCUCCCACGACGCCCUGUGCACCAGCUGCACAGGCCUCCUGGGCAGCACGCAGGAGCCAGGAGGCCCAGGUCUCUCCUUGGUCUGGAACCUCCCUGGGGCCGAGGGUGCAGGGCGCAUGGAGGGCUUCAGUCUGCAGGACCUCUCCCCGAAGAGACUCCUGCGGCUGCAGCAGGCCCUAGCCGGUCCGGGCGUGCAGACGCUGCCGCCGAGGGGGGACCAGGCAGCCCUGCAGAGGAAGCUCUGGCAGCAGCUCUCCGAGCUCCGCGAGGCCCAGGCUGGGGCGCUGGUGGCCCGGCUGCUGCAGGCGCUGCGCGAGGCCAGGCUGCCAGGGCUGGAGCGCACUGUGCGCACCCGCUUCCUCUCAGCGCGCUGAGCGCCGUCCCCUUAUUUAUUCCCUUUCCCACCCAGAUGCUCCAUGGGUGUCGCCAUCCACACCACGGGAGACUUCCAUCUGGGUCCCUGUGGCACUAACAAAGUUUAUUUUUUAUAAAGCCAAUUUGUAACCCUGG